AUGUCAAAGCAUUAUUUUGACAUUGAUCCUGUAACAUAUGAAAUAAUAGAAGGUUCAAAUUUUAUUUCAGAUCAGAAUCCUGCUCCAAUGCUAAAAUCAAGAGAAACCCCAUUAAGUCAAGAGGAUUGA